ACGUGACAGCUCUCAGGUCUACAAUGAACGCUUGCAAACGGCAGGGGCGGAGGGAGGAGAAACAAGGUUACCCCCAAAAUAAGAGGAAAAAAGAAAGAAAGGUCGUGUCCUCCUUUGGAGCCGUUCAGGACCCCGUUACUUGUGCUCUGGAUUGCUUUUAAAUGGUGAUAGCGGCGUGCAUCAGUCUCUAGCAGCGGUGCUAUUUCAUUUCAUCUAGUGAUGCCAUUUGUGACUUAAGCGAAUUAUGCUUCAAGGGAGCUGGACUGUCUAGGCAGCGUUUUCCUCUUCUCGAUCUCUUUGAUACAAAUAUAUGAGAACCAGCAGGUUUUACCCAGCACACCAAAGACAGUAAUACAAAGACCUUCAAAUGAAGUGUGAAAACUGCACCAAAAAGGAAUGUAGUAAAAAACCGAAAAAUGAUGAACAACAAAGUAUGCGAGCUGAUGUUCUCAAUUCAGAUGAAGAAAAUGAAGAGAAAAGUGAAUUCCAUAAAUUGGCUAAUGCAAAAAUAUUCCUCAGUGACUGCCUAGCUUGUGAAAAUUGCAUAACCUCAGAAGAAGCUGUCAGAGUUUUCCAGCAGAAUCAGAAGGAGCUCUUCCAGGUACUAAACCUUAACAAGAAAUGUGAUACCUCAAAACACAAAGUGGUGGCCGUGUCUAUAUGCCCUCAGUCCUUGCCUUAUUUUGCUGCUAAAUUCAAUAUCUGUGUAACUGAAGCAGCCAAGAGGCUUUGUGGUUUCCUCCGCAGUCUUGGAGUACAUUAUGUCUUUGACACCACAAUAGCUGCUGAUUUUAGUAUUCUGGAGAGCCAGAAGGAGUUUGUGCAGCGGUACCGCCAUCAGAGUCAAGAAGAAUAUGCCUUACCAAUGUUUGCUUCUGCUUGCCCAGGCUGGAUACAGUAUGCCGAGAGAGUCCUUUCCAGUCUAGUGACUCCAUAUAUUUGCACUGCAAAAUCACCACAGCAGAUCAUGGGCUCCCUCGUAAAGGGUUAUUUUGCCAAACAGCAGAAUCUGUCUCCUGAUAAAAUUUUUCACGUAAUUGUGGCACCUUGCUACGACAAGAAACUGGAAGCUUUGCGAGAAGACUUCUACAACCCCUUGUAUAGCUCGCGUGACGUUGAUUGUGUUUUAACAUCAGGUGAAAUCUUCCAAAUAAUGGAACAGAGAAAAACUUCUUUGAAAGAAGUAAAAGAAGUGGCCUUCGAUACCCUGUUUGGUGGAAUAAAAGAAGGAGAGUUAAUCCGGCAUGAUGGAAGGAGGUCAGAUGGUUACCUGGAACACAUAUUUAAGCAUGCUGCCAAGGAGCUGUUCGAUAUUGAUGUGAAGGAAAUCACAUACAGAGUAUUAAAAAACAAAGACUUCCAAGAGGUCACACUAGAAAAAGAAGGAGAGACAGUGUUGCGCUUUGCUGCAACUUAUGGAUUUCGAAACAUCCAAAACAUGGUUUUAAAACUGAAAAAGGGAAAGUGUGUCUACCACUUCGUAGAAGUUUUAGCUUGUCCUGGAGGAUGCUUAAAUGGAAAGGGCCAGGCUCAGACUGAAGAUGGAAAACCAGACAGAGCACUUCUCCGUCAGAUGGAGGAUGUAUAUGCUGCUGUUCCUGUCCAGCUUCCUGAAAACAGCGAGCACGUGCAGAAGCUUUACCAAGAGUGGUUGGAAGGGAUUGACUCCACCCGGGUUAGAGAAACAUUACACACUAAAUACAGCAUGGAAAAACCAACUGCCAACAGUUUCGAUAUCAAGUGGUGACCAAUCAGAUUACAAGACUUGCAUAAGGUUUUUGGUACAUUCAGCACUGGCACCUUCUAUGCAACAGGAGAUCUGAGGCACUAUGAAUUAAGAACUGGGGCUGCCUUUAUUCCCAUUGAGACUAGGUAGGAUCACAGUGUUCCUUAGCCCUUGCAUAUUUGGAAUGUCUUUAUUUAAUCAAAGCCUGAUAUUGUGAGUAUGUGUCUCCAGGGAUCUUUUGUAAGGCACAGGGAAUCCCUCAGCGUAGAGCAGAGGUACACUGCAGUGGAAGGAGCAUAGCAGAAUCAGUGCAUGUUGUCUGGUGCUUUGAGUCUGAAUUUUUCGUACAAAGUCCUUUGUGCCAAAAAUGAUUUACCAUGAAUUUCGUUGUUCUCAGAAGGUACUGUGUUGUGUGACUUUGUAUCAUUACCAAACUCUAACUCAUAAGUUAUCAAAAUAUGAUAGAACAAACCAGUUAGUGGUAUAAUUCUUUACCGUACCUCAACAAAUCCACUUUACCGUAUUUUGGGAUAUUUGAGAGUUGUCACUAGAAAAUCUAGAAAGAGGGGUAAUUAUUUUCUUUAUGAGCUUUAACUUCAUUUCUUUAGAGGAAAUGUUCUCUAUUUUUGUUGUCAUGUUUUAUUGGCAUUUCUAGCCUGCUUCUGAAUGUUGAGAUCUUGGCCUUUGAGAGAGACAUGGGUAGGCAACAAGCCUGGAUCUUGAACAUUUUAUCUGUUUUUAGCAGUUCUGGAUGAUUAAUUAAAGAAACCAAAAGGUAAGAUAGCAAUAAAUGUGGGGGACAGGAAAAUCACUGGGCCAAAUGUGGAGAGUAUAGCUAAUCUAUAUGGGAGAAGUCGUUCAGACACAAAGACCUCUGAACUGAAUCCAGAAUCUCUGAAAAUGAAGGUUGGCCUCCUCCACCAAUCUGUUUUCCUAUACUGAGGCCUGCCUAAUGCCAAGUCUGUAUCACACAGCUCCUUAGGUAAGAACUGAUUGUCCAGCUUCUUACACUGGUGAUAAUCCCAUUCUGUGGGUUGGAGAUUUUUCUGAUGAUGGCCAGGCCCUGAUCUUGACAGCAGAUUCUUGCCCACAGUCAUGCAUGGAAAAAGAAAUAAAGGAAACACACACAGUAUUGAUCACAAUUUCACAUUUGUCAAGACCAAUAAGGCUUCACCACGAUUAGUUAUUAGCAAGCUUAUCUUGAGGAGCAACUAUAUCCACAAAAAAAGGAAUCAAGCAAGCCUUGCUAGUGUGCAGUCUCCAUGCAUAUCAUUGGUGUGGGGCCUAGUCCCGGCAAACGGAAACAAACAUAGGUUAUAUACCUAUAGUGCUGUAGCUUUAUUUCUGUAGAUAUUAUUUCUACUUUGGGUGCAUUUUCCCCUUAAGAUUCCCUAGAUGGGUGGUGUUCAGAAAUGAAACUAUGGAAGAGUUUUUGGCACUUCUUUGGUCCUUUUUUCCAUACUGGAGACUUACAAACUUGUUCCUAAAAAUAAUUUUCAAACACUUUGCUGCAGCUUCACCCUGCUGUUUUCCAGAAUUGCUCCCUUGUUCAGUUUUAUAUUAACAAGAAAGUAGGGAUAAACCUUAUAAUACUUAUGAUUAUGAAUCCCUAUUACAUUCUUAAAAUACAAUCAUUCAAAGAUUGGUAUCUCAAGUUACGCAUGGUAGGGUUGCGCAUGGUUGGGAUCUAAACCUCUAAUUAGAGGACGUUGGUACCUCACUUUUCUUAAAUAAAACGAACAUAUAAUUUGUUGCUGUAAUUUCCACCGAAGGCAGUGAAAUUUUGUACAGGAGCAGACAAAUAGUGGAGAGAUAUGGGAAGAAAAAUCCAGUGGCUCUAGAUUUUGGAUGUAGCUCCUUCAGCAACACUAACAUAGAGAUGCUUAUUCUGUAUUCUGUUCUUAUUGAUUUGGUUUACACACACACAUGUGAGAUUAUAUGUCCUUUUCAGCCUUUAGUUGUGUGUUUGCAAAAAAAAAAUAUUAAUUACAUGAAAUGGGUGUAGAAGCAAAACUGGUAAUUAAGCCUACCUCUCUGUUAGGAAAGGAAUUUCAAGGAAUUGGCAUGUACUGCCCUCAGGUGCACUGUUGUAGUACUUCCAGUUCACCCCAGUUCCUGAACAAAGUGUACUUCUGUAAACUGAGGUAGCAGCAGACAGAUACGCAAUGUGCCCGGCUGCCUUCCUGUUUCAUCAUAAGGAUAUUCUGCAGACAAGAUGACUGGCUCUUUUCCAGGAACUUUUCCCAGUUGUGUGCCACCUCAGGGCAUCGAAGUGUCAGAAUCAAGGCAAACGCACUUAAGCAAAGCCUUCUGUAACUUCAGGUUAUGGUGACCAUGAUAUUUAUUUUUAUUCUGCCUUCUUUGUUCGUUAGUUUUCAUACGUUUUCAAUUUAAUAAUUGUGGUCUCAUUUACAAGACAAUUAUAAUUCGGUGUUCUGUAUUUGUAUAUAAAUUUGAAUGACAUCGGCUUGGAUCCUGCAGUAAAUCUCCACUCAUGGAAGGCAUUUCUGUUAGCAGAAGAGAACUUCCUUGCGUCCCCCCUUUCUUGCUGCAGCCUGGAACAGCAUGAGGCGCAAACUAGGGCACUGCAGUAGGAAUCGGUGAGAAAUGCCCUCCCCCCCCUUCCAUUAGCACAAAGUUACUGGAGGAUCUAAGCCACUACGUUAAAUCUUAUAUCUCAUUUUCUUCACAGUUUUGUGGCUAGGUUUUGUUAUGUAUGGUAUGUGUGUGAUUGAUCGGGGGAAAUGUGGUUCUCAAUACCGACUUUUAGUUUCAUGUUAUGGACUCUGUGGUCAAACAUUCCACCAGCACAAAUCCCAAUGGGUUGUGCUGCCUUCCAUUUGCUGUGAUGUAAAAGGUUCUGUUUUUUUGCCAAAAUAGAAACUUCCAAAUAUAAAUCUAGUAGUUAAGUGCUGACCCCUUAAACUCCUUUCAUUUAGGGUAGUUGCCAUAAUGGUUCACCAUUGCAGGUUCUCUGAUAGACAACAUUACCUUUAACUUGAAUCUCUGAUACAACUACACACACGCUUAUGGCAAUAGUUUUUCUUGGCUGUCCCUAUUCAAAGCCAGAAAGGAGCCACUUCAAUAAAGCAAGGUCAUACCACCAAGUUCGGAACCUUUUGGAUCUAAGGAAGGGCCUUUCCAUCCUUCACGUAUGUGCAUUAAUAAAUGAAGGACCAAGGUGUACCACAUGUACCACAUUCAGUGCAAGGCACAGGGUUGAUGUGAAUGAGAAUGAGAGAGAAUCAGAGUUCACAGAUCUGAUAUUAUAUGGGAUGUUGGCAUCUUGAAUUGUCACCUAAACAAGGCAGAAAUGAAAUUGGCAAUGCAAUCCCAUGCAAAAUUACUCCAAUCUAAGCCCUGUUAAAAUCAACUCUUUGCAGGAUUGCACUGCAAAGUGCUUUAACUUGCAUGAUAGUUAAAGGCUGCAUAAACUAUUACAGUUUGCAAAUCUAGAUCUGUUUGGGAAAGGAUUUGUGGACAAUGUAUUUACACCUGUUUUGCCCUGCUAUAAUAACCGUUCAGUCCAGUGGAAAUGCUUUUUUAAAAAGUCAGAAGUAGCUAGAAUUCACUGAUCAGAACGAUCCAUAUGCAUUUAGAAAAGGCAUGUUUCCCCUGUCUCUAAGGUUAGCUAAGAUCCAAGCUGCUCACUUGAAAGUAAUCCCCUUCAUAGUAUUCAGUGUACACAAUUUCAGGAUUCCAGUUCAUUACAAGAGCUCCCAAUUAUUAACUGUAUGUGCAACCCAUCAAUCACCCAUCAAUCCUUAUUCACUGUGAUGGGACUAUAAUGGAAGCCACCUGCUGUCUUAUGGACAUUGAUAGCCCCUUCUGCUCUUUCUGCCUUGAAAGAAAAGUAAUGUAUGUGCUUCAGACUUAUUACAGCUGCAGUCAGCUUUGCUUCCUAGGAAUUAGUAAGGUCCAUAGCGCUUUGCUUUUCAUCUAAAACCUGUGGAACAAUCCAUUUCUAGAUAUGGAAUAUAAGAAGUAUACAUUUAUGCGUGAUUUUUAAAGAAAAUGAAAUGCAAAAAAGUGUAGCCCUCAGCUGAGCCUGAAAUUAUGGGCAACCAAUAUGGGCUUACAGUUUAGGCUCCCAAAAUACAUGUAGUAUAAUGUGAAUAUGCUCUGAAUGAUGGUACAUUGUACAUGCAUUCUGUUCUAGAAGUUUAGUCUCUAUUAUGUAUUAUAUACCUGGGGUCUUUAAAAGGGAGCAAUAGAUAUAGUGUCACGACAUCAGGACCUCAGAGCCAAAGGAAAUUGUAAAUGUUUAACAGCUGAAGUGACUACAGGCUGAUAUAUAUCAAAACAAAAAUGUUUGUAUUCAUCUCUGCCUUUUCAACAUGAUUGUACUUGGAUAAUAUUCAACAAUCUGAGCUUCUUCUAGUGGAAUAUGAAUUUGAAUUGCUUAAAUAAUUAAAGAUCAAUUGGAUUUUGUUACA